AUGUCGUGCACGGUCGUACCUGCGUGGCGAGCGAAUUCCCAUGCCUGUGUAGUUCCUAAAGCAGAAAAAAAACAACCGAAGGCCUUUAUCAUGCCUGGGAAACCCGAUACUCAGGGGCGGCUCACGCUCGCCCCUCGUCGCGCCUUUCUCUGUAGAAACCGGCUCCAGGUUUCCUGCGAUGCCAUUCGCUUCGCUGCUUCCUUUCGUCGGUGUUCGCAAAAGCUCUUGCCUCCGGCCUGUUGUGCGGAACCUCCCACAAAGUUGAGAAACUCUGAAAUGACUCUUUCUGACGCUCCCACGGCCCCCGUGGCGCUCGACACCUCCUGGCACUCCGAGUGGAGGUGGCUUUCAUGGCUUGUUAAAUCGCGUCAGACUGAAGAGAGCUCCUUUCAACAGCCCGAUCAAUAUGGAAAUCGUGGUUCAUCAAGCCGUGAGAAUGUCUGCAGUGUCCCAGGAAUCGCUGCCCCGCCGACGUCGUCUGCCUCUCCCUCUUCUCUGUCUACAUCAACUUCUGCCUGCACCUCUCCUGCCUCCCCGCCUUCUUCACCAGACAGCCGUUCCGCUUUCCUCGCGAGCGCCUGCGCAGCUCAGGCACCACUUUCUCAGUCCUCUGUUGCAUCCAUGUCAAAACCUCUCUCGGCCGCGGAAACGCAAGACAAGCGAAUCGGCGUCUCUGCGACGCAGAACGCAGCAGCAGAGGCGUCCUCCUGUGCCGCUCUCUUGCCUCCGUCUUUGUCGAGCUGCGAGGAGGAUCGUACCCCCUCCGCAGGUGGCGCAUCACCUCCUAGGAAGAAGGCAACACCGGUUUCGCAUGUUUCACCUGCGCCUCGGGGCUCGGAGGUGGAGACCGUUUCCAAGUCCGCAGAAAGCGAGGAGUCGCAGCGGACAGCUUCGCCGACUUCCCCGCUUCUCCAGUUUGGCGACGAGACGCUGUCGUGGCUGCAGCGUCAACAAAUGAAACUUUGGAGUUUCUUCGCGCUUCGCGACUGGCGAGUCAAGACGCUCGUCCACGCACUCUCCGCCAUGGGAGCUCCCGUCGACCUCAUCGUGGUGGACUGUGCCCAAACCUCAGGUCGCGGAUCUGCUCCCCCUCCACACCGGGGAGGGUACUCGCCAGUCUACCACACAGUGUGGCUUUGCGGCAACUGCUUUUGGUCUCCCUUCGAGCUGCGGCGGGUCCUGCUUCACGAGCUCGUGCAUGCAUUUGACUUCGCACGGGCUGAACUGUCCCCAGAGAACUGCAGACACGUCGCAUGUACGGAGAUCCGCGCGUACAACCUCAGCGGCCAGUGCAGCUGGUGGGCUACGAAGCGGUGGGACGAAGACCAGUUUCAGCGCAUCGAUCCAGCGUUUCUUCGUCCGCGAAACCGGGGUCUCUCGACGCAAGGGGAAAAGGGCGACGCGUCUGUGCAUGCAGAAACGCGUGAGGAGAGAUGCCCACACCGCGACGCCGCGGGGAGCGAGCAGACGGCUGGAGAGCGACAGCUGCCGCUCUUUGGGGGGAGCGUGGCGCAGGUGACAAGAGACUGUAGGACCACCGCGGGAGAAGGCGAACAGCAGAUGGGGGUUUCCGCUCAAAGCUUCAAACAUGGGGGGGACCCGGUGUUCCUUUCGGGGAACGGGGCAAUGCCCUGGCAAGACACGAAGCGAAAUCGGUGUCUUGUUCACAACGCGCUGAACUCGCUGCGAGAUCACCAACAAUGCAAAGCCCCAGGGAUCGCGGAAAUCGCGAUCACAGACGUCUUCCAGCGGUGCUUGAGGGAUACGUGGCCUUUCAUGGUACCUCCCGAGCGCGACAGCAAGUGGCGACCAUCUCGCAUUUGGCGUGAGGGUUCGUCUGACUUUUUCAAGAAAUGA